AUGCGCGCGAUUUCAUCUGUAUCCUCCGUUGUUGUUGUCGCUUCGGCGGCGCAAAAUACGAGAAGAAGAAGAAGAAGUUCUUCGUCUAUUUAUUCCGCUCGCAAUUCGAUCGCAUUGUCAUCAUCCAAAAAGAUGAUUCGAGUCACCAACAACAAUUCCAAUCAAAGAAAAAGAAACAUCAACACAACAAUCAAAGCGAAAGACGAAGGUUUCGAGGUUCCGGAUUUCGUCAAAGACCUCAUGAAACCUCCAGAUUCCUCCAUCGCCGCGCCUGGAUGGUUAGCCCCUCUUCUCGGUUUAGCCAAAGAGUCUGGCGAAUCCGCGGUGGGCAUCGGAUACGCUCUCAUGAUUGUCACCUCGGUGUUCUUUUCGCUCGUAUUCGCGGUGAUUGGUUUGCCUGGUUUCUUGUGCGCGUUGAUUUUCGUCGGCGCGAGCGGGUACACAUUGUGA